GUUUCCCUGUCUGAAACCAUAAACAAACCCUAGAAUUCGAAUUUUUCGACUAAUCAUAGUUUUUUCCGCAUACGCUUGUUUCCGAUUCAAGAUGUUUCUAUCUCCCGGCCACUCUCCACGUCACCUAUCUUCCCCCUCACCGUCUUCUCACUCCGACAAUGAUCUCCGCACCUCCUCCUCGUCAAAGCUCACACCUCGAAACCCUAGAAAACGGAUGAGAGUCCUCGACGAAGACUCCUACGUCGCAGCAAUCGAGAAAAUCAUCGAGCGAGAUUACUUCCCGGACAUAUCCAAGCUCAGAGACCGUCUCGAUUGGAUCCAAGCGGUUAAAACCCGUGACCCGGUCCAGAUCCGAGACGCACAGUUAAAAAUCAUCGAGAGACGUGGGAAGAAAGCUAAUCAUCAUCAUCAUCACGGUGGUGACAACACGGAGGGUAAAACUACUCAAACUCCUGGUUCUACUUUCUUGAGAAGUUUCACUCCUUUAGAUGAGUUUGAUGGUAAGACAACAACUCCUAGAGAAGUAGUAGUAGAAGAAGUAGUUGGUGAUGGAGAUUUUAAUAUGUCGUUAGAUGAGUUCUUUAGGAGGUAUACGAGUGAAGAUAACGAAAGCUUUUGUAAUAUUUUGGAGAGGGUUAAUAAGAGGAAGAAGGAGAAGUAUAGUUAUCUCCAAGAGAAUGGUAAUAAUAAUAAUUUAAUUGAGGAUGUAAAGAGAGAUAGGAUUACAGAUGGUUACGGAACAUCGUAUCAGCCAACGAGUACUUUAGUAGGAUGGAAAUAUACAGCGAAGAAUCUCCUCAUGUAUCAUCCAGGUGAUCGUGGCGAGGUGGCUUUGACUCAGGAAGAGAGGGCUGUGAGGUUAGCUGGAUUAACUAAAGAGAUUGUUAAAGCGAACACUCGUUUUCAUGGGAAGAGUAUGGAUUCUAGGCCGAGGGAAGAUGGUUCUUUGGAGAUUUUAUACACUCCUAUUGCAGGUUCAACGCCGAUGCAUGUCUCAGGGAGGGAUAGAGAUAAGUCUAAGAGGUAUGAUUUGGAUGAUUUGAGGAAGACUCCGAAUCUUUUUUAUGUGGAGUCAGAUAAAAGAGCGAAUAAUGGUUAUAGUUUUGUUAAAACGCCGUCUCCUGCACCUGGUGUUGAUGAAUCACCGUUUAUUACAUGGGGUGAGAUUGAAGGGACACCGAUGCGGUUAGAUCUUGAGGAUACACCUAUUGAUAUUGGUGGUAGUGCUGAUGGACCUCACUACAAUAUUCCAUCUGCGCCUGCGAGGGAUGUGAGGGCGCAUUUUUUAUCGAGAGACGCGUCGAGGAAGGUGAGAGAGAGGGCGAACAGUAUGUUUAAGAAGCCUCCGUUGCCGUCUCCUCAUCGUUGUGGAAGUGCAAGUCCGAAUGUUAGGAUGCUUUCACCUGCUGCUCAGAAGUUUUUUAGGCGGGCGAUAAGGAAAUCUUCUUCUACUGUUGAUGAGAGUUUGCGUGCAAGUUAUCGUGGAGCGAGUCCUGGUGGUGUGACUCCUAGGAGUGUGUCUAGAUUUGGUAAAGAUAGGAUUACCCCUGGUUCAAGGUCGCCUUGAUUGUGCUAAUGUUGUAAGCUUAUAUGAUGUUUUUAACACUUUGGUGCUCAUAGAGGCAACAAAGAUGCUUCUUCUUGUACUGGAUUAAGCUUGGGCUAAGUGCUGUCUACUCUUUUCAAAUGGAAUACUAUCUACGUUUGCAUUUGUAAUUUGAUUUCCACAUGUGAAUAUUGAGAUUACUAAUAAUAUAAGUACCAUUUGUGUAAUAGCUUCUGAUGUGAAAGAGCUAUGCUGAUAGGUUGCUUUGGUUAGAAGUUUAUGAAAGUAUGAAAAUUGAC